AUGACAAUUUCAGAAAAUAUUUUUUAUUUCCCUCAUUUAAUUAAUUCUCUCUUUAAAGAAAUUUCACAAUCUGAAGAUGAAAUAACAAUAAGUUGUAUUAGUCGUGUAUUAUCGGUAUUAAUGAAUUUACCAACAUCAAAUGUAUUUGAAAUUAUGUCACAAACUCCUAAUGUUAUUAAUGUUCUUAUGAAUAAAAUUAAUAAUUAUGAAGUGUCUCAAUUUAUUCUUAGUAUAAUGAAAUAUUCAUCUAACGAUGAAUUAGGUAAAGCUACAGGUGCAUACUGGUUGUGUCAAAAUGGAUUUGUUAGUGAUUUAUUAAAGUUAUUUGUUGUAUCAGAAAGUAAUGGGGAUAAUGAUAAAAUUGAAAGCAUUACAUCUCUUAUUGAAGAAAUUACAUUACUUAAAGAAUCUUCCUUUAUUUUUAAUAAUUAUUUAAAUUCUAAUGAAAAUUUAUCUUCUUUUUACUCAAUAAUUUUUAAUACCGUUUGUUUAACAAUUCUAUUUCUUUUAAUUAUUUUAAUAUUUAUUUAUUAUUAG